UGGGCCAGUAGCCGUUAUGUAAUCAGUUAAUCACCCAACUUUAAUUGGCAGCAAAUAUCUAAGUCUCCCAGCCAGCAACAUCACAGUCAUGUAGAGGCACUAGUUGGCAUUCAAUGGCUCUCCUUUGGAGUUUUAUUUUUAACUUUGACAGUCACUCCCUUAUCUGGCCAUUCAUUUGCACGUCUGUGCUUUUGUGAACCAGUCUACCAGGGCGAUGCCUUCUGCUCUCAGGGCCUUAACUGUCUUGUAUGUGCUUGCAGUUCUUGCUGGAAAUCAGGUGGAAGGGCGGCACCAUCAGCCUGAUUGUCCUUCUUUCUCGUGCGGUCUUCUUGGAAACAUAUCGUCUCCAUUUCGUCGGGCAAGUGAUCCACCUGGGUGCGGCUAUCGAUCUUACGAGCUGGUUUGCAGUGAUACCAAGGCUACGAUAUGCAUCGGCGGUGCAACUUACUAUGUGUCUGGUAUCAACUACAGUAAUUUUUCCUUCUGGGUUGUUGAUGCCGACUUGGAUUUACACAACAGCUGCCCUCUACCUCGGUGGAAUCCUCCAUACCCACACGACAACAUGGAAGUCGAAUUGGACCCCCUUGUAGAUACUCGGGCUUGCUUUGUAAAAUGCUCUCAGGAAGUAAAGGGCACUGGUACGUACAUGCCUGUUGCUUGCCUAAGCACCAACGAUUCUUUUGUUUACGUGCUAACUGGCCUCAGAUCUACAUACAUGGAGUACCUUCAACCUUCUUGUGGGUACUUGGCCGUGACUCCUCGACCUUGGGACAGUCCGACGCUAGAAAAUGCAAGUUAUGCAGAUGUUGUGAAAUCCAUGAGGACUGGAUUUGCUGUUUAUUUUCCUUUGAGAUAUACUAGGGAGACCAUCAAGGGAUGCCUAAGAGACAUUGUUCGCCCCUUCUAUGAAGUGCCAGUGUCGAGUGAGGGCAUCAAGCGACUUAUUACAUACAGUCUUCUGGCUGAUGGAUUUUCUUGGAUUAUUGUGUAUUUAAUACAGGUGUUCCCGGUUACAUCAUAAUAAUCAUCUUCUGGAUUCUGAAGUGGCUAGCAGGUAACUCAGAGUUUGUGCUCUUUAUUGCAGUUUGUUCAUCAUCACAUCUAUGCAAUCAUGUACCCACUAAACCCUAUAUAAACUUGUUUAUUCAGUGUUAUGCAGGUUCGUGUUGGCACCACUGGCUGUGUUGAUCUUCCUCGCCCACAAGUAUUGGAAAACGAGGAUCACGAUCGAUGCUGUCGAGAAGUUCCUCCGAAAGCAACAAAUGCUAGGUCCAAUGAGGUAUGCCUACACCGACAUCACAGCAAUUACAAGCCAUUUCAGAGAUAAGCUGGGCCAGGGAGGCUACGGCUCUGUGUUCAAGGGUGUGCUAUUGCCAGGCAAUGUUCAUGUC